UGUAGUACAGAAGACGAAAGCUACCACCAAGUUUGGAACUAUUGCAUCAUAGUUCUAAAACGUGCUGAUAUAUAUUUUCUGGUCCAGUGCAGUGUUCAUUACAAACAUAAAAUAUUGACAAGAAAUAGUAACGAUAUCAUCUGGUGACGCAAUUUCAGUCGCUUAUCUCAAACGUUUCUGAGGAGUAUAUUCUGAGAGUAAUCAACAAUUUGAAGUACAGUUACUACUUACAUAGUUCAGGCAGUAUUAUUUAUAUUUUGAGCUUGGCAUUUGAGAAUAAAUACUCUGGAAAUUAAGAAACUGAACGAAAGAGACGAUGCAAAUCUUAAUCAGAAAAUAGGUAUAACCACAAGAGAUCUGAAUAUUGGGACUUUGGAAGAAGAGAAAAAUGAUCAAAGAGAGGAGGUGAUGCAGACUGAAGUUGAUAUGGAGACCCAUCAGGAAUACUCGAAGAAUACCGAAUGUGAGCGGCAUCAGCGAGAAGACGACCAAUUGCUAAAAGAUCAAAAUGUAAGAGCCGGUACGAACCAAUCAAAUCUCAAUCACGUAAUGAGUACGACUUCCAAAGGUUUCAACGUAGAUAUAGUGAAAAUGCUGGAAAAUAUGACGAAGAUCCGCAGAGAACCUGAAAAUAAUCAUCAAGAAGGAAAUAAACUGUUAUAUGCAUAUGCAGCAGCCGUGAUAUCUGUUAUCGUCUGCAUAUUGAUAUAUGUUGUACUUAUUACAGAAAAUUACAGAGUAAACAUUGAUAUAAAUAAAGUUACAAUGGGCUCAGAAGACCAUGUUUCCAAUUGGAAUUUAAACAUAAUCCCACGUAGCAAAUGGCAAUCAAAGCAGCCAUUGAACCGAGCAAAUAAAAUUAAUUAUCCUGUACAUUAUGUAAUUAUCCAUCAUACGGCAACCAGCAACUGCUCGAGUCAUGAUGAAUGUAAAUUAGUUACACAAUCUAUACAGACAUUUCACAUUCAAAGUAAACACUGGCGUGACAUCGGGUACAACUUUUUAGUUGGUGGUGAUGGUUUUGUUUACGAGGGAAGAGGCUGGGGGGUGGAGGGCACCCACACUUAUCGCUACAAUGCAAAAAGCAUCGGAAUAGCGUUUAUUGGUAUUUUUGAUACUACAAGACCUCCGGAGAGACAGAUCGUUGCCGCUCAAAAGCUUAUUCAAAAUGGUGUCGAACUAGGCUACAUUGUUAAUGACUACAUACUAUUUGCAAAACUACAGGAAAGCAAACGGUGCUCUGGACUGGCUUUAUUACAUUUGAUAAAGACUUGGAAAAACUGGAAUGAGAAACUGUCAGACUGUAAUAUUAAAUAGGAGCAGGAGCAGCGCUAGACUUUACACAUCAAGAUCUUUUUACAUUUAAUUAGUACUAGUAGAUGGCUUUCUAUAUUGUG